UGGCGGCGGCAAACGGAGUGUGAAGUGUGUAACAGCAUUCCUCUUCCUCUGAGCGUGUGCAGAAGGUGAAGAAGACAGAGGCAAACACAGAAGCUCCAACAACUGGAACAGUGAGUCAUUUCCAGCCUUCGCAGCAGCUGGCGGAUCAUUUAGCCGACGUCCCGUCCCAUCCAGAGCCCAGGCACCGAGCCACAGCCUGUCCAGGUCGGAGUGACACUGAAUAUAAGACGAGGAUGUGGGCCACAACAGACUGAAUGGAAAGCCAACAAAUCACCUUUCUUCACCUGAACCCCUGAAACUAGAGGACCCUGCUGAUCCAAAAUGGCUUCUGUCAGGGUGUAUUUGUUGCUGGUGGUGCCGGUCGUCUGCAGUGGGAGUCUGAUCGUGGUGAACUCGGGUGUGGAGGUCAGCAGGGGUCGCUCUGUGUUUGUCACGGAGAAGGAGCUGAAGAUUGACGUGGAUCCGACCUCUGACUGUAAGGUGGAGGUGGUGAUGAACGAACCCAUCACUCAGAGAGUGGGGAGGCUGACUCCACAGGUGUUUGACUGCAGCUUCCUGCAGGAUGAGGUGAAGUACGUCCACAAUGGCAGUCCUCUGCUGGACGAGGACACGGUUCUGCUGAGAGUCUUCAGGUUCACAUCUUCAGACACACUGGUUGAGAUGGUGGUUCUGCUGGUGCGGGUGGUGGACUCAGGGCCCGGUGCGGUCGCAUUAGGCAGCGCUCCCCUAGUGGUUCCUCAGUUCUAUGGCCUGUCCAACACCAUCGACAGUGCCGUAUUGAACAUCACGACCAGAGCCGACCUGCUCUGCACCGUCAGGCUGAUCACCACCGACACCAGCGUCCCCGCUUUGGGUCGGCUGGUGACGGAAGAGGACUCCAUACAGAGGAAGGGCAGAGAAACGACAGCGCUCUGUACCGGAAACAAACCCUGUCUUCACCACACCAAGGAGGUUAAUUUCCUCAAAACCAGCUGCCAGGACUUUCUGAGCUCCGGGCUAAAGUACCAGCACCUCAGCCCUCCAUCACCGGAGAUCGACUACAUCCCCAUCAGGGUGGAGCUGCGGGAGCAGGCCACCAGGGCCCUGCUGGAGUCAGAAGCGGUAUGGUUGCCGGUUCUGAUCCAUGGCGCGAUGCCAAACCAACCGCCCCAAGCUGCUUUCAUGGCCUCCUUCAUCCUGGAGGUGGACCAGUUCAUUCUCACCCCUAUCACCACUGCCACCCUGGAUGCCAAAGACCACGAGACACCACAGGAGAGGCUGGUCUUCAAUAUCACCGUUCAGCCUACUGAGGGCUUCAUCACCCACCUGGAUGACCACACCAAGCUGAUCACGUCCUUCACCUGGCUGGACCUCCACGAGAUGAAGGUGGCCUACCAGCCGCCCAAUAGUAGCCAAUCACAGCGCAGGAACUAUGAGGUUGAGUUCCAGGCUAUAGACGGCUCCUAUAUGACCAGCCCGCCCAUCACGGUCCAUAUCUCCAUCAGAGCAGCCGAAACACACGCACCGAGAGUGUCUUGGAACAUGGGUCUGGACCUGUUAGAGGGUCAGUCCCGAACAAUCACAUGGGAGGAGCUGCAGAUCGUCGACAACGACAACAUCGAUGGUGUCUACCUGGUGGCUGUGGACGGGCCUCUACACGGGCGUCUCAGUGUCAGAGGUGGGAAGGCGUUCAUGUUCCGUGUGCAGGACCUGAGGGAGGGCAUGGUCGUCUACCAUCACUCUGACAGUGACACCACCCGUGACCACAUCAUCUUCCGCAUCAGUGACGGCCGCCACAGCAUACGUCACAAGUUCCCCAUCAACAUCCUGCCCAAAGAUGACUCUCCACCCUUCCUCAUCAACAAUGUGGCAGUGGAGGUGCAGGAGGGCGGUGCGGUGCAGGUGGAGGAGUACAUGCUGUUAGCCUCCGACUUGGACUCCAGUGACGACUACAUCCUCUACCAGAUAGUCUCCAGCCCCCGGGCUGGCCAACUAGUCAGGAAGACCUCCACCCACGAGACAGGAGCGGCAGUGGACAGUUUCCUGCAGAGAGACCUGCUCCAGGGUCAGAUCUACUACCAGCACUCAGGAGAGGAACAGUUUGAAGACUCCUUCGACUUCACGCUGUCUGACAGCCACCAGCCGCCCAACCUCUCCCAGACAUAUACGGUGGUGGUCCAUGUUUUCCCCGUGAAGGACCAGCUGCCAGUGGAGGUCUCUGGCAGUGUUCGCUCUCUGACGGUGAAGGAGACGGAGGUGGUUUAUAUCACCGAGGCUCACCUCCACUUCAUAGACAGAGAGCAUCCAGAGACUGACCUCACCUACGUCAUCACUCAGCCCUGCUUCAGCCCCCUGCAUCCUGGGCUGAUGGAUGCAGGGCGCCUGUUCUACACAGACAGCACCAACACCAUGAAGAAAGACCACAUGGUGCCCAUACUGAAGUCCUUCACACAGCAUGCAGUGAACCACAGGAAGGUGGCCUUCAUGCCCCCAGUAGAAGACAUUGGCCCGCAGCCGCUGUUUGUCCAGUUCAUCUUCUCCGUCAGUGAUCACCACGGUGGCACCAUCUCUGGCCUCCUCCUCAACAUCACCGUCACUCCGGUGGACGACCAGGCACCAGAGGCCUUCACCAACCUGCUGCAGGUGGAGGAGGGUGGAGGAGCCUUUGUGACAGAGGGGCACCUCCUGGUCCAGGACCGGGACACCAGGAAGGAGGCGCUGAGGGUGGUGGUUCAGAGGACGGCUCUUCACGGCUGGCUGGAGCUUCAGGGCCAGACGCUGUUGCAGGGAGACACGUUCACCCUGCAGGAUCUGAGAGGACUCCGACUCAGGUACAUCCAUGACGACUCUGAGACCGCUGAGGAUGAAGUUGGGCUGACGGUGACAGACGGUCUGAACUCUGCUGAUGUGGUCCUGCCCAUACAAGUCCUGCCGAUGAACGACGAGCCUCCCCAGCUGGGUGCAGGUCUGCGGGGGGAGCUGAGCUGUGAGGAGGGGGGCCGGGUCCAGGUGACGGUGGACUACCUGUCGGCCACAGACCGGGACAGCGACGACUCCAGACUGACCUACAUGCUGGCCCGCAGUCCAGGCAGAGGGGAGCUGCAGAGAGCUGGACUGGCCGUGGACAAGUUCUCCCAGCAGGACCUGCUGCAGGGACACAUCUACUACGUCCACACAGGAGGAGAGAUCGGCCCCGAGCCAGUGGUUGACACCGUCACCCUCAUCAUUUCUGAUGGCGAGGCUGGAGGGAUGGAAGGCUGUUGCCAUGGAGAUACCCCGCCCCCGCCCAUACCCCUCCAUGGCACACUUCCUGUUUAUGACCUCAACAUCACUGUCCUUCCUGUUGACAACAAAGUCCCCACCGUCACCCUGGGUGAAUCCAUGUUGGUGGUGGAUGAGGGCUCCUCAGCCUGUCUAUGUGUGGGGGUCCUAGGGGCCUGGGACCCGGACAGCCCCCCCAACCAACUGACCUUCCAUCUGGAGACUCCUCCUCUACACGGCUUCCUGGAGAACACGCUGCCAACACCUGGAUCUGAGAAGAGCAACGCAGGAGUCCGAGUCGAAUCCUUCAGCCUCGUCCACCUGACCUCCGGUUUCAUCAACUAUGUCCAAUCAGAACACAAAGGGGUGGAGCCAACAGUCGACCAGCUGUCCAUAAGUGUGAGUGACGGCCUGCACCACUCCGCCCCUGUCCCCUUCUACAUCAUCAUCAAUCCAACCAAUGAUGAGCUGCCCUCUCUGCUGCUCGCCAACUUCACCGUGAAGGAGGGCGGGAUGAGGGAGCUAACUCCAUCAAUACUGAAUGGCUUGGACUUGGACGCCCCUCCAGACCUCCUCACCUUCAGUGUGGUGCAGCCGCCGGCUCACGGCAGCCUGAUCAAUGGCAUCUAUGGUGUGGAGAUGAGCCGCUACAAGGAGAUGGGAACUGAACUCCUGCAGAGGAGCCUCCCCAUCACCUCCUUCAGCCUGGAGGAGCUUCGACAAGGCAUGAAGAUCGUGUACAUGCACGAUGACACCGAAACCCUGAAGGACACUGUGGUUCUGCAGCUGACAGAUGGUGUCCACACAGUCCAGGGGACGGCUCAGGUCACCGUGCUGCCGGUCAACGACGAGAAACCACGACUGCUGAGGAACGUUGGGUUGGAGGUGCUCUCUGGGGAGCACAGGGUGAUCUCCAACGUGGCCCUGGAGGCUGAGGACCUGGACACACCUCCCAGCCAGGUGUACUACUUCAUUAACGCUGCACCACGCUUUGGCAAACUGCAGCUUAAGACAGGGUCGGGUUGGACCGAGCUGUCGGCCAGGCAGAACUUCACUCAGGAUGAUGUGGAGAUGAACCGUCUGUGGUACAAACACACCGCCGCCGCCAACACCCCCGGCUUCAAAGGUCACGACAGCUUCCGCUUCACGCUCAGCGACCUGGACAACGAGCCGCCUGCGCAGAGUUUCUUCAUCUCCAUCCACACUGUGCAGAAAGGUGACAUAGUGCUGCAGAGCAAGGCAGUACAUCUGAGGGAGGGGCAGCGCGUCGUCCUGAACACCAACAUCCUGCUGGCGUCAGACUCGGCGGGGCGCCCAGAGGAGCUGAUCUUCACGGUGUCAGUCGCACCUCGACACGGCCUCGUUCAUGCCGUCCAGCAGCCCGGGGUCCCGCUGAUCAGCUUCACCCAGCUGGACGUGGCUGCGCACCGAGUGUGCUACACCCACGACAACAGCCACGACGCAGAGACCGACUCGUUCAGUUUCGUCGUCACCAACGGUGACUCAUCCCGCAGUGGCACCCUCCACUUCACCAUCGAACAUGGCGAUCGCAUCCCCCCCACCCUCAACCACAACACCGGCCUCCGGCUGCAGGACGGCUCCACUGAGACCAUCACCUCUGACCAGCUGCAGCUCACUGACCCCGACACUGCCACCACCAACCUCACCUACGUCAUCACACAGCCGCCACGCCAUGGUAACCUGCUGCUGAGGGGAGUCCCACUGACACCUCCUCUGAGGUUCACCCAGACGGACGUAGAUGAGCUGAACCUAGCUUACCUACACGGCCCGGGCAGCUCAGUGGAGAUCGACAGGUUCUACUUCCUGCCGAGUGACGGGACCAACAUCGGAUACCUGGAGUUUGGACAGCUGAGAGAGGGGCCCGCAGUGUUUAACAUACAGGUGGAUCGUGUGGACAGAACUCCUCCCAGUCUGACCACCAGGCAGAGUCCCAGCACGGUGGUGGAUCUGGGCGGCGGCCGUUAUGGCAUCUUCAUCACUAACAGACACCUGCAAGCCUCUGACCCCGACAGCCCCACGGAGGAGCUGGAGUUCUCCAUCAGCAGGCCUCCACACAAUGGACACCUGGAGAACAUUCACACAGGAGCCUACAUCAAGGGCCGUUUCACUCAGCGGGACCUGGACCAGCGGGCUCUAGUCUUCGUCCUCCCAGCCGACAUGGAGGUGACGGCCGACAGCUUCCAGUUUCGUCUCACCGACCCGGCAGGAAACGCCAUGCUGCCUGAAAUACUGGAGCUGUCCUGGUCUCGAGUGGAGUUGUCAGCGACCUGCUACAGAACCUGUGAGACAGCGGAGAUGCUUCAGAUCCAGAUCCAACGCAGUGGGAGGAGCAUCGACCCGGCCUACGUGGCUAUCCAGGUGGAGGAAGGAUCGGCCAAACCCGGAAGAGAUUUCACUCACAGCACAGCCGGUCUCAUCCAGUUUGACCCAGGAGUCAGUGUGAAAACCUGGAACAUUUACCUGAUAGAUGACAGACUGGAGGAGAACCACGAGACCUUCACUGUCACCCUGAAAAACCCAAAAAACGCCGUCCUGGGACAGAGGACUUCCGCUAGUGUUGAGAUCAUCGACCCCAGAGGAGGGAGGUGCGACCCAGACAACCUGAGGGUGGAGGAGGAUGAGAAGCGCCUCCGCCCGCCUCCUCCUGACCUCCCCGGGCCAGACGAGGACCCCAUCACCGACAUCGAAGCAGAGCUGCUGUGGGAGAACCAGCCUCACCCUCCCAGAGGAGACGUCCCGAAUCGUUGGCCCUUCCUGGACUACGAAGAGGGGGACCCACAGGACCAGGCGGCCCCCGGCAGGCAGCUCCCGGGGACACGCAAUGGGAGCAACGGACACAGGGUCAGACAUGGAGCACAGAGGUUCCACAGUCUGACUCCUCUCCGGCUGGAGGAGCUGAGGCCGGGCAACACCGCAUGGAGCUGGUCACCUCCGAGCGGCCUCCUGCAGGAGCUCCCAGUUGGAGACGCUCCUCAGAUGGAUCGUCCAUCACCCAGACACCACAUGGAGCUACGCCAACACAAGACAGGGAAGUCUCCCAGCAGCUUGUGUCCAGACGGUUGGACUCACUACAGGAGACACUGUUACAUCCUCAGCUCGUCUGUGGCCACGUGGACCAGCGCUGAGCGAUCCUGCUCCCUGCUGUUUAACAGCAGCCUGACCAGCGUGCAGUCCCGAAGAGACAUGACCUGGCUGUGGAAGUUUGCAGGGAGGAAGCCAUUUUGGAUCGGUCUGUCUGGAGGUCCGGUCCGCUGGAUGUGGGCUGAUGGUCGGUCCGUGUCCUUCUCCAGACUGAAGUGGGCACCGCUGGACCACAGCAAGUCCGAGGUCAGCUCAGACUGCAUGCUGGCUGAAAACCCCAGAAGCUGGAUCUCCACCAGCUGCUCUGCUGAAACUCAGCACACAUUCAUAUGUUCAUCGCCGGCUCACGCUCACUGAGAGGCACUCGGCAUAUUUACUGCUAUCAUCACCACAACCUGUGUGAAUGCUGCCUUUAAGUCAUAUUUAAUGUUACGCAACGAUGCUGCUCUGUACAUUAGUUUUUAUAUUUGACAUAAUAAAGAUUGUUGC